AUGUCUCCGGGCCGCCUUGUUGUCCGCGGCGGCGCUUCGCUUCUCCUCCCGGGGCUCUGGCUCGUGUUUGCCGGCUUCGCCUUCACCGCUGGUUCAGAGCAUGCUGCCACUGCAGCGCUUCCCGCUGCAUUCUCAGACCUGUUACCUCACUUCCUGGUGGAGCCGGAGGACGAGUACAUUGUGAAAAACAAGCCGGUGACUCUGACCUGCCGCUCGACCCCGGCCACACAGAUCUACUUCAAAUGCAACGGCGAGUGGGUUCACCAAGACGACCACUUGAUUGAGAAAACUGUAGACCCGGCCACAGCGCUGCCAGUCAUGCAGGUGACAAUUGAAAUCACCAGACAGCAGGUGGAGAAGAUUUUUGGCCUUGAUGAGUACUGGUGUCAGUGUGUCGCCUGGAGCACCACUGGAACCCAGAAGAGUCAGAAAGCAUACAUCAGGAUUGCUUACCUGAGAAAGAACUUUGAGGAGGAGCCGCAGGGCAAAGAGGUGGCAUUGGACCAGGAGGUGUUGCUGCGCUGCCAUCCCCCCGAGGGAGUGCCACAAGCUGAGGUGGAGUGGCAAAGAAACGAGGAUUUGGUCGACCCAGCAAGCGACCCCAAUUAUUUCAUCACGACCGACCACAAUCUCGUCAUCAAAAAAGCACGCCUUGCAGACACGGGCAACUACACGUGCGUGGCCAAAAACAUUGUCGCUCGCCGCAAAAGCAACUCUGCCACGGUUCUCAUCUAUGUCAACGGCGGCUGGUCCACGUGGACCACUUGGUCGUCCUGCAGUGCUGUGUGUGGGCGUGGCUGGCAGAAGAGGAGCCGGAGCUGCACCAAUCCUACGCCGCUGAACGGAGGCACGUCCUGCGAGGGGCAGAACGUCCAGAAAAGUGCCUGCGUGGCCACCUGUCCAGUGGAUGGAGGCUGGAGCGAGUGGAGCAAGUGGUCGGCGUGCGGCGCAGAUUGUUCGAUGUGGAGGAGCAGGGAGUGCACCCAGCCCUCGCCCGGCACCGGGGGCAAAGACUGCCAGGGGCUCGACCUCCAGUCUAUAAACUGUACCAGCGAGCAGUGCCCACAGACCGUCAGCGGAGCCGAGGAUGUGGCGCUCUAUGUGGGGAUGGUGGCGGUGGCCCUCUGUCUGACCUUGCUGCUCAUCGUGGUCGUCCUGGUCUACCGGCGCAAGAAGGAGGGCCUGGAUGCUGACGUGGCGGACUCAUCCAUCCUCACCACUGGCUUCCAGCCUAUGGGCAUCAAGCCCAGCAAGCCAGGUGUGUGGGCGCCACGGCCACGCAGGCCACCCCACAGCAAGAACUCCCAUUUGCUAACCAUCCAGCCUGAUCUGACAACCACCACGACCAGUUACCAAGGCACCCUGCGCUCACGUCACGAUGCCGCCGGGAAGUUUUCGAUGACCAACGGGCCUCUGCUGGACCCGCUACCCAACGGCUCACACACGCUGCACAACGGCAAGCUGAACCCAGACCCUGCUGAGUUUGUAAGCAGGCUGUCCACCCAGAGCUACUUUAAAACACUCCCCCGGGAUGUGGCCAACACAUCCUACGGGACCUUCAACUUCCUGGGUGGGAGACUGACGAUCCCCAACACAGGAAUCAGUCUGCUCAUUCCUCCCGAGGCCAUCCCCAGAGGAAAGAUCUAUGAGAUUUAUCUCACUGUUCAGAGGAAGGAAGAUUUAAGGUUGCCCCUGGCCGGCUGCCAGACCCUCCUGAGCCCCGUUGUGAGUUGUGGUCCUCCAGGGGUCGUCCUGAGCCGGCCGGUUAUCCUCAGCAUGGACCACUGCUUUGACGCAUGCCUCGAUAACUGGGCCGUCCGCCUCAAGAAGCAGAACUACGAGGGCGCCUGGGAGGACGUCCUGUUGAUGGGGGAGGAGCUGGUGUCGGAGCCUUAUUACUGCCAGCUCGAGGCCGAGACGUGCCGGCUGUUCUCCGAGCAGCUAGGAACGUUCGCUCUGGUGGGGGAGUCUCUGCACAUGGGAGCAGCCAAGCGCCUCAGACUGGUGCUCUUCUCAGACGCAUAUUGCUCCACACUGGAAUACAAUGUCAGGGUGUACUGCAUGGAUGACAUACAGGACGUCUUCAAGGAGGUGAUGCAGAUGGAGCGGCAGCUCGGGGGCCGGCUGAUCGACGAGCCCCACGUCCUGCUUUUCAAAGACAGCUACCACAACCUGCGCCUGUCCAUCCACGACAUGCCCCAGGCGCACUGGAGGAGCAAGCUGCUUGCCGGCUACCAGGAGAUCCCGUUCUACCACAUCUGGAAUGGUUCCCAGCGGUACCUGCACUGCACGUUUACUCUGGAGCGGCUCAGCCUCGGCACCUGCGAGCUCACCUGCCAGCUGUGCGUGUGGCAGGUGGAGGGGGAGGGGCAGAGCUUUGCCCUCGACUUCAACAUCGCCAAGGACACUCGAGCGUUGGACUCCGAGUUUCUGUUAAGGGACAAUAAUGCGACAGCCCUGGCGGGACCCAGCGCCUUUCAGAUCCCGUACCUCAUCAGGCAGAAGAUCUGCAGCAGCCUGGACGCCCCCUGCCCCAACGGAGCCGACUGGAGAAUGCUGGCACAAAGACUCAAACUGGAAAGACACAUGAGUUUCUUUGCAUCCAAAGCGAGCCCGACCUCUGUGAUCCUGGACCUGUGGGAGGCGCAGCAUUUCCACAGCGGCAACAUCAACCAGCUGGCCGCGGUCAUGGCUGACAUCGGCAAACAGGAAGCCAUGAUAUUCCUGGUCUCCGAUGGCGAGUGCUAACCCAGAAACGGGGACAGAGGACACAGCAAACGUGCCGGAACUAAAAACAGCAGCAGGAAACGAAAUGCAGCGCUGUCCCAAUGUCCCGUUUUCCUUCACUUUAGAUGUUAAACCCUUUAUCCUUUCAGAGUAAAAGGCUUCAAACGACGGAUUGAAUUGUGGGUAAGAAUUGAGAUGUGUAU